UCACCCUGGGCAUCGGGACCGCUGUGUCACGAGAGAGCAAUGCUGCCUCGGUGGGAACUGUCUUUCUACGUGCUCGCGUCAGGCUUCCACUUCUAUUCUUUCUACGAAGUUUACAAAGCCUCCAGAGAACACGAAGAGCAAUUGGACCAAGAAUUUGACCUGGUGAUUGGCACUUUGUUUGGAGGAUUAAUUAAAGAAGACCGGACUGACUUUGAGUGGAGCUUCUGGAUGGAGUGGGGCAAGCAGCGGCUGGUGUGGCUUCUCCUCGGCCACCUGGCUGUGUCGCAAAUGGCCAACCAGAUUGCGAGGAAGUACAGACCCUGGAUCCUCACCACCUACGGAAUGUGGGCCUGCUGGUGCGUGCUGGGGGCCCAGGGAACAGCCAUGAUCUUCCUCCACACCAUCGUUGCCUUCUGCGUGGCCCAGUUCCGGUCGCUGUUCCUGUCCUGGCUCUGUUCUCUCUUCCUGCUCUCCACACUGAGGCUGCAAGAUGUGGAGGAGAUGAAGAGAGGGUGGUACAAGACAGAAAACGAGUACUACUUGCUGCAGUUCACGCUGACCGUUCGCUGCCUGUACUACACCAGCUUCAGCCUCGAGUUCUGCUGGCAGCAGCUGCCCGCUGGGCGCACCUUCUACUCCUUGCCCUGGAUGAUGGCCUACGUCUUCUAUUACCCCGUCUUCCACAACGGGCCCAUCCUCAGCUUCCCGGAGUUCAUCGGGCAGAUGCAGCAGCAAGAGCCCUGCUCCCUGAAGAUGAGCGUCUCCGUCCUCGCCCGGGGGCUGGGCCGCCUCUUCUGCUGCUGGUGCCUGGCCGAGCUGAUGGUUCACCUCAUGUACAUGCACGCCAUCUACGGCAGCGCGCCGCUCCUGAGGACCGUCUCUUGCUGGACCUUAGGAGGACUGGCGCUGGCCCAGGUGCUCUUCUUCUACGUGAAGUACUUGGUGCUCUUUGGCAUCCCGGCCCUGCUCAUGCGCCUGGACGGACUCACGCCGCCGCCCCUCCCGCGCUGUGUCAGCACCAUGUUCAGUUUCACGGGCAUGUGGAGGUAUUUUGACGUAGGACUCCAUGAUUUCUUGAUCAGGUACGUGUACAUCCCAGUGGGCGGGUCCCAGCACGGCCUGCUGGGGACGCUGUUUUCCACCGCAACGACUUUUGCAUUUGUGAGCUACUGGCAUGGUGGGCACGACUACCUCUGGUUCUGGGCAGCGCUCAACUGGCUGGGAGUCACCGUGGAGAAUGGAGUCCGGAGGCUUGUGGAGACCCCGUGCAUCCAGGACAGCCUGGUGCAGUUCCUCUCCCCACAGGCUCGCCGGCGGUUCCACGCGGCCCUCGCCUCUUGUUCCACCUCCAUGCUGAUCCUGUCCAACCUGGUGUUUCUUGGGGGCAGCCAAGUGGGGAAGAUCUACUGGAACAGGAUCUUCAUACAAGGCUGGCCGUGGGUGACCCUCUCCGUCCUGGGAUUCCUGUACUGCUACUCCCACGUGGGCAUCGCCUGGGCCCAGACGUACUCCGAGAACUGAGGCCGUGGGCCCCGGCCGGCCUUGCGCUCGGCCUCCAAGGCAAAUGGUGCUUCUCCCUGCCCUCACGGCCCACGAUGACCUCCGAGGGGCCAGCGCUUGACCUGCUCCUCCUUUGUGGAAGUGACCUCAGUCCAGGACUGGAAGAUUGAACUCUCGUAGAAAAUGGACAACCGGGGUCUCCGCCGUCAGGGACACAGAGACCAUCUCCCCCCACCAUCCUUUUCCUGUUCAGUGAGCUGGGGCCCAGCUGUAGUGUCCUGCCAUCUGCCCGUGGUGACACUGUGGUCCCCAGUGCCCAGAGGCCCUCUGGGUUUUUUUCUCCUUUACUAAGAAUGAAAAGUAAUGGGCAUUUUUUGACUGAGGCCCAGAAAUCCUGAGUGGUGAUAGGCCCGUCCUUCACUGGGCAAUAUCUCUGAAACAUUUUGGUGGCAUUUCCGUGCCCCCCGUGCCCUGCAGUGUGGUCUCAGCAGGGAGGGGGCAGAGUCGCAGCCGUGUUUCUCAUUACCCGGUAAGGAAGACAGAGUAUGUUCCGUGACACUCCAAGGAGCCCGCACCCAGGGAGACCUGUCUUUGGAACUUCAUCGUGGCGACCUACACUUGGCUGCUUGUUCCCUGGGUUUGCAGAGCAGUCACCGUGCAGUGCCCCCACCGGACAGUCCGUCACACCCACGGAAGGAAGCAGAAUUUAGAAACCAGGCACAGCGCACCGCGGACAGGUGCUAUCAGGCGAGUCACGAAGGGUAAGGGUGGCUUCCCGGGGCCUGCUCUCCCCGCGCAAGUCCCACCGGCGUCUUCCCACUCAGUGGUUCGCAUCCAGUGCUUUAUACUGUUUUGGUUUUGUUUUCAAAUAAAGUGGAGCUUUUUCUAGCACAUAAGUCACUUUUUUGUAGAAUGGUUUUAAAUAUUUUUUGAGGAAAAUGUUUAACCACACUUACAUAACUCUUAAUUCCUCAUUCCUCUGGAAAGGUGCGACAGGCUACUAAUUGCCUCACGUGGCAGAUAAUUCAGAAUGCUUGUUUGGCUUUCGGUUUGGGGAUUUUUUUUUAAAGCAAUGGGGGCAGGGGUAAGUGAACAAACUUUUUAAAAUUUGAAUCUGUAGUGUGCCCGAUGAUGGGAGAACUUAAAACAUCUCAAGCACAUGACUGGGACCGUCUUGGGUUCCCUUGGCCCUGGUCUGUGUCAGACUGUCUCACACUGGUGAUCUGUUACUGUGUGCUGCUGGCCAUGGUGGUUAACUCAGUGCGAUGUAAACUCUCCGAAUGCAGGGCCGGUCAUUUUGCUGAUGUUCUUUCUUCCGAGCCACUCUGUGUGGAUGGGGAGCGAAUGCAGAGGACCUGAGCGGGCAGCAGCAAAGGGCAGAGGCCACAGAGGGCCGGCAGAGCAGGGCAGCAGUGGCCUUGGCAGCUGGCUCAGUAAAGGAGACAUGGGCCGGUGAUUCCAAGGCGCCGGGCGUUUUUAAGGAGGGCACGAGGCUGGGGAAAGAGUGAGCCCUCGGAUGAAUACAGUGCCACCUCAUGGACUGGCGCUGAUUUGGGACUUGUGGUCUGUCCGAGGGAGUGUGGCUGAAGGGGCAGGGCUUUCCAAGGGGGACAAAGAGGGAGCGUGAAGAUGAUUAUAAGGAAGUGUAUGUACAUGUAUAAAUAAUAGAAAAGAUUCUGAACUCUUCAGAGACACCAUUUAUAUAAGUUUAUUCAUUCAUUAACCUGUA